AUGCCAAGAAAAAAGCUAAUACUGAUAUGCCAGUCCGGUGGUGAAUUUGUUACAAGGGAUGAUGAGUGUUUAUCAUACACUGGCGGAGAGGCACAUGCUCUAGAUAUCAAUCAUGAAACUAUGUUUGAUGGAAUCAAGCUAAAAAUGGCCAAAAUUUGCAACUUAGAAUAUAAAUCAGUGUCUGUGAAGUACUUUCUCCUAGGAAAUAGGCAAGCUCUCUUUACUUUAGCGAAUGACAAAGACCUAAAAAGGAUGUAUGAUUUUCAUGGGGACUUAAUUACUGCAGAUGUUUUCGUUUUGGGUAGAGAAGGUUUUAAUCAUGAAGACUUGCCCAUGCAUGCAAGCAGACCAUAUGGGACAAAACUGGCUGAGACUGUGCUUGCUACCAUGGCAUCUCAAGAUGCAGCUGGUACACCUUCUGUUGCUCCUGCUGGUGAUGCAACUGCUUACAGCUCUGUUAUACUUGAUAUGAGUGCGACCCCUGCUGAUAAUGUUAAGAAGAGAAGGCGCACUGCAUCCUGGAAAGUUGGUGCCGGUGGCCUUGCCAUUGUUGCUGUUGCUGACAACAUUGAGGAGACAAGAAAAAUUGAGGUGGAACAGCAACUAAAGCUAUCAGAUGUUCCAUGGCAAGACAUUUCACAUUAUCCAUCUGGUGGCAUCAACUCUAAUGAUGUUUCUCUGGAGAAAAUGGUUGCCUCCUGGAAAGAUGGAAUUAUUGGUGUAGGCCAAGAAUUCAAAAAUGUAGUUGAAUUUCGUGAUGCGCUGCAGAAAUAUGCCAUUGCACAUCGUUUUGUGUACAGGUUAAAAAAGAAUGACACCAGUCGAGCAAGUGGUGUAUGUGUAGCUGAAGGUUGCUCUUGGUCAAUUCAUGCAUCUUGGGUGCCAUCUGCUGGAGUCUUUAGGAUAAAAAAGAUGAAUAAAGCACAUGCAUGUGGAGGGGAAUCAUGGAAGGCUGCUCAUCCAGCAAAAAGUUGGUUGCUGAACUAUACACAAGUGUGGCGAGGAAUUGAAGAAGCAAGGGAGCAACUUCAGGGUUCAUAUAAAAAGGCUUAUACCCAGUUGCCUUGGUUUUGUCAUAAGAUGGUGGAGGCAAAUCCUGGUAGUUUUGUGAAUCUUUCCAUUGACGGUGACAGCAAAUUUCAACGUCUUUUUGUAUCAUUUCAUGCCUCAAUACAUGCUACAGAAUUAGAUGGGGACAAUGGUGCUUUUCCAGUUGCAUUUGCUAUAGUCGAUAUUGAGAAUGAAAAUGAUUGGCAUUGGUUUUUGGAGCAGUUGAGAUUUGCAAUUUCUACUUUACAAUCUAUAACUUUUGUUUCUGAUAAAGAGAAGGGACUAAUGGAAUCUGUGCUUGAAAUAUUCGAGAAUGCUUACCAUGGUUACUCUAUAUACCUCCUGCUGGAUAACUUAAGGAGAAAUUUGAGAGGGCCAUUCAUUGGAGAUGGGAGAGCUGCUUUGCCUGCAAUUUUUUUGGCUGCUGCACAUACAAUUGAGCCAGAAUAUUGGACAAAUGCAUUAUUCAAGGGUAAGCCUUAUGAUCAAGUUACAGUAAAUAUUUCAGAAUCAUACACUAAUUGGAUUGAAGAAGUGCGGGAGCUGCCUAUGAUACUGAAGGUAGAAGUACUCAGAUGCAAAAUGAUGGAAUCGAUGCACAAACGUGAAAUGGAUUCAAAUGGGUGGACUACAAAGCUUACUCCAUCCAAGGAGAAAAAACUGCAAGAGGAAACUCUAAAGGCACGGCCUUUCAAACUAUUAUUUUCAUCUGAUACUCUAUUUGAGGUUCGCGAUGACUCUAUCAAUGUUGUGGAUAUUGUCAAAAGGGACUGUACUUGUCUGGAAUGGAAAAUGACUGGAUUACCUUGCAGCCAUGCCACUGCUGUCUUCAAUCGCAUUGGAAGGAGUGUAUAUGAUUGA